GGAAGGCAUCCACCGGGAAGCUCCGAGGGAAGUGAGGAAGGAGUGGAGGAGUGAGGGGACGAGAGGUCGGUGAACGAGAAAAAAAAGGAAGGAGGACGGCUGCGUUGGUGCUAGAAGAGGAAAGAAGCGACGCGCUCUGGGAGUCGGUGCGUGUGACGUCACAGCUCACUUCCGGUUUCCGGCGCUGUCGUCACGCCUCCUGUGUCUUUUCUUUUUUUCGCACGCCGGGUCCGCCCGCAAACUCCGGCUCAUUCAGAGCGCUCGGCGUUUGCACCGCGGUCGGUACGCGAUAUUCCAGCUUCACCGCCUGCUCUGCGGAUUCCGUCUCCGGAUGCACAUCCGCUACGGCCUUUCGUCGCUUUUCGCGAGAAGCGCUAUCGCCGCUGGCAAGUCUGGUGUAAAGUGAACUCUCUCGGCUCAAGUUAUAACACCUUUAUCAGUGCCGGUCGGAACAAAUCUCGCCUCAUUUCUUUUCGUUUUUCCUUUGUCACAAUGCGAAGUCUUAAAAUCUGCAAGAUUGCGCUACGCAUACGUCUAUCACCAUGCACUUUUCUUCUGCGUCACAAAGGUUGACGUAUAGCUUCCCGGUUUUCCGAAGACUCAGCAAGUAACAGAGAGAACAGUGCCGGUGUGUAUGUUUAAGUGUGCAAUUGUCACGGAGUAGCGCGCACACUUGUUGAUUGAUUUGAACGAAAGGGUAAUUUUUACGCCCAAAUUCUGGCUGCUCAACCAAAAUGUCCCUUAGGCACCAUCAUCGGGUUUUUCUGGAUUCAUCGUGAAGAGGGCCCUGCUGCUGCAUGGAGUCAACAUGAGGAGAACAAACUUACGAACCACGACGUGAAGACAGCGUCUGUAUAAUUGAUGACUUCAAAUGGUAGUGCAUUUUCCCCAGGCGCUGUUCUAUCCCCUCUGCUUCUUGAGAUUAAGUUCUACGAAUUGUGAGCAGGGAUAUUACGAUAGGUUACUAAAGUGUUGUGAUAAUUACGCUCAAUAUUGCAUUUCACGAACCUUGCUAGAGUCGUAGUGCAAUCUCCGUGCAAGUGUCGACACGUUCCCGAACUGAGCCAGGAAGAAACAACAUUUCUUGUUCUUGAAGGGUGCAAUAUGUUCUCAAAUACCAGCAUUGUUGUGUCGUCAUCGCAGCGUUGAAGCAUCUGGCUGGCGGAUUGUUGAGGUGCUGUGCCCGUCCUGAGUUAUGGCUCCUCCAGACGACGCCAAUGACAGCAGCACGGUGGACGUAUUGGACGCUGCCGGAAACGGGUCGGCCACUUCCGCUUCCGGUGUGUGGGCCUCCGCGGAAGCUGACGAAGAUAUAUUCCAAAGGAUGGACGUCCGCGUCAGCCUCAUUUUGGCGUAUUCCAUCGUAUUUUGCUGCUGUUUCUUUGGUAACCUACUUGUGGUACUGGUGGUCGUGGUACACCGCCGCAUGCGCACCAUCACAAACUUCUUUCUCACAAACCUGGCAGUAGCUGAUCUGUGCGUGGGCCUCUUUUGCGUCUACCAGAACAUGUCCGUCUACCUGAUGGGAGAGUGGCCCUUUGGUGACUUUCUCUGCAGGAUGUACUUCUUCAUUCAGGCCCUCAGCUACACGGCGUCUGUGGGCAUCCUGACUGUCAUCUGCGUCGAGCGCUACAUCGCCAUCGUGCAUCCCAUGUGGAGCAAGCACGUGAUCACGCUACGUCGGCUCCGCAUAGUCGUCCUGUCCGUGUGGCUCGUGAGCGCCGGCUUCUGCAGCCCACGACUGAUCAUGUGCGGCACGGCCGAGGUGCCCUCCCACGACGAGCCGGGCCGUACCAUCCACAUCUGCAUCAUGCGCCGCUUCCUCUACGACUCGCGCACCUACGACGUGCUCAACUUUGUCGUGUGCUUCUUCGUGCCGCUCGCCAUUAUGAGCGUCAUGUACUCCAUCAUCGGCCUCCAGCUUUGGCGAAGCAGCGUCCCCACGGCCUACUCCUGCAGUGGCCCGCGAAGGGCCACGAUGGAGCUGCUCCCUCUGCCGAGGGCCAACUCAAGCGGCGCAGCGCAGUGUCGGGAGAGCCUCCUCCAGGAUAAAGCCCGAGGAGUCACCAAGAAGCCCCGGCAGGCGGGGAACAAGAAACACUGCUUCCCCAUCGCCGCCAGCAGUCAAGUCCACCAACACUACCAGCAACAGGCUGCCGCCACAGUGCUCAGGGCUCGGCGCAAGGUCAUACGCCUCCUGGUGGCCGUAGUACUCGGGUUCGCCGUCUGCAACCUGCCCUUCCACGCGCGCAAGUUCUACCAGUACUGGUCCUCCAGCUACGAAGGGGCGUCGCGGUCGGCGGUGAGCCUGACCAUAGCCACGACGCUGGUGCUCUACAUGAACUCGUUCAUCAACCCGAUACUGUACGCGUUCCUGUCGGACAACUUCCGGCGCAGCAUGAAGGACGUGCUCAUGUGUCGCUCGCGACGGAAGAUACGUCGUCUGUCUUCGAACCGCUCCAAUGGCAAGACGACCGCAUCGUCCGUAUUCCAGCACCAGGAGAACACGGUCGCGCACACGAACGGGUUCGUCUGAGGAAGGCUGCGUUUCGCCGUAGUUGCGCUGUGACUUGCACUGCGCUGCAUGUGUGCCGGUGUGAGUGCUAAUUGGUGUGACUGCGUGGCAAACCACGCCGGACCUGGUCUACGGGCUGCCCUGGAUGCGCGACUGAAGUCGGUGCCACAGACUUCAGAGAAGCGCCACAGUCGACAGCCGCUGAAUCGACCAGCACAGCUGAAGAUGCCUUCCCGGUGGGGAAAUUUGUAAACUCCAGGGAACCCUCUUCGUGCGACCUCUUCCGGCGUCACCCGCAACUACGACGAAACGGUGCCUGUAUUUUUCGACGUGAAGUCCGUGAACUGAGAACUGUCGAAUACGUCUCAUACCGCUGUGGAACGCCGUCUACUCCGACGAUCAUCAACACGAGACUGUUUUUGAGGUGCUCCGACGCAAAAGCGCAUUAUACCGGGUGUUCCAGCGAACACUUUCGAAAUUUUUUUUUUAGAUUGCCCGUGACAGAUGGCACAAUUCUAGUCCAUGAGCUGGUGUACUUCAAGAGGCGGACAUGCACAAAAAUUGAAAUGCAUAAUAGACUAAUUAACAAAACUCACUAAUUAUGAUUUUACCCAAUUACCUUGUGGGACAUAUUGCAAUUUACAAAUUCUAGCCGGGGAGUUCGCAAGGUGAAUCCACAUGGAACGAAUUCUCAGGAUGACACCAACUUCAGAACAUUAAUUUCCGAACUUUGCUGAGAAAUACACUGGCAUUGCAAUUGCUGCUCUACUUCGAUGCGUAAAAUGACGUUUUGUUAAGAAAGUAAGUGGAAUGGCAGUGAAUUUUUACCGCAAGUUUGACGGCCCAUAUCUCUAAAAUGAUGUCAUCCACACAAUUCUUUUCAAGUGGAUACGUCUUGCGAACUCCCCGUCUAAAAUCCGUGAAUUACCAUAUGUGCGAUAAGGUAAUUAGAUAAAAACUUAAUCGGUGAUUAUUUAUAAAUUUAUCGAUUAUGCGUUUCCAUCUUUUUGGGCCAAUAAUUGUCGCUUCUUCGAGCAGACCAACUAAUGGACUAGACUUGUGCUAUCUGUCACAAGCAUUCUUAAAAGUUUUUGAAAGUAUUCGCUGAGACACCCUUUAUAUACUCUACGUCAUUUCUAUUUGUUAUUGCCUCUGUAAGUUUUACUUCAUGAAACAAGAAAACACUGUGCUAUCGCACACGUUUCCGGUGAGCGUCUGUUGAUCUGAAAAUCCAGCGCCGCACGUUCGCUUGUUACCUGUUAGAGUUAGUGAAAGAUGUUAAGUGUGAACUCGUACCGAGUGAUUGGUCAAGUGUACGCUCUGCAGACUACGACAAAUGUAGUUCGGCAGUUACCUACCAGCCGAUGCGCACUUUUGCAGCGUCAAGGUCUGGCCCCUCUCAAAUAUUCUUCAGACUUAUUAUGUAUAAGGUAAGAUUGUAAAUGAGUCAGAGAAGUUACGUGCACUUUUGCGAGGGCCGUUGACUCUCCGAAGAACAGUCGAGUGAAAGAAAUGCAACAAUCCUAUCAUCGUAACCACAUUUUGCGAAUAAUCGUUCGUUUCCCUGCUUCACAAGCGGCUGCCAUGACUGCUGAGCGCACAGUGUCAUUUGAUCGUGAGGUAUUUCCACUAAGGAACAAUUAGGAAUUCCGCACUAAAUCUACAAAGUGAAUAUAUAAGAAAGCUGUCAAUAUAUCCAAAUAAAGAAUACAUAGCGCACUUUUCUAUAUUGGAUGAAUUUCAACAUUGCACUCACCUAAACAAAAUAAAUAGGUACAUAAGAUCUUCAAAUACCACAUAAUCUAUGCGAGCACAGCAACACUGGUCGUGAGCUUCUUCAUGAUAACCUUAUUUCUCAAAAUUAUCCUUACAAACCUCCUUAACAUUGAAAUGUCCUUGGAAAAGAUAGCUAACUUCGAAGGCUUGAUGUACUCGAAUUUCAUGUGGAGGCAAAAAUAUUUCAUUUUUCACUAUUAAUAAAACCUGAGCUCGCGUACGAAUGCACUUACGUUAAAUGUUGCUUCAAGCCUGCUGUUUGGCUGAAAGAGACGCUUUCAGUGCGAGGACUUUCACGAUGUCGUGUUGGCCAUGUCUUCAGGGCACAUUCAAUACGUUCCGCAGUGCUGUUGAGAGUCGUGUUGCUAAAGGUCCUCAUAUAUCAGUCCAUGGUGCGGCCCCAGCUAUUUAUCGGCGCUUGGUAUACUUGUAUGCUUGUGUACUGCUGGCAGUAGAAACACCAUUCAACACUAAUGGAGCAUCAGUUUUGCAUAAUGCUAUUUCCAUGUAUAAGCGGCUUUUGAACCAUUACAAUGUCUGCCCCUUUUGUUUUCGCCUAGAAGUUUCUGAUAAUAUCUUAAGAAUGCGUCAGUAAAUUAUUUUUUCAGUUGCAUGAAGGACGACAAAGCUAGAUGGGUUUCUAUCGCUCUAUAUAAGUGAGAACAUGAAUCACUAAUUCGUUACCAAUAGCAAGAAUGUUAACAAUUAAGGAUUUUGUUGUACACCAUUCCGACAAGCACUCGUUCACAAAAUCGUCAUGGCGAAGCAUGACCUGACCGUCAUAAUUGAGGUAAUCACUUGGCGUCAAAGAAAGUGCUGUGAUUUCGAAAGAUCAGAAGAAAACUGACGAAUCAGAACUGCGUAUAAAUAAUUAUACAUUGUUAUUAGUGUUAUCAUUCACGCUCAUCUCUAACUCCCAGAGCAAUAGACAGAUAUAUCACUGUUCUAGAUAAGGGUAUACUACUGCGCAGCCUGCUGAAAUCAACACGUAUAAUUAAGGGAAGGAAGCAGAAUUAAAGAGAUGCUAAACAGAAACAUUAAGUCAGUUAGCACUGAUAAAGUGUUCUUUCAAAAAUUUAUUUUCGUUAUUACUGCGGUAACAGGCUGGUAAUUACAAAAGAAAAUGGGGCUGAAAGAUAAUUUUUUUUUUUACACAGCGGAAGUAUACUGCCGCCACAUCGCAGUGACAUCCUGGCUUUCAAAAGAAGUUUAUAUAUAUUGGGCGUUGUGGCGCUGCAAGAAGUUCUAAAACAAUUUAUAACUUUUUUUUUCCUUAGAAUGGUAUCUAGUCUAGUUUUGGCGAUAAACAACUUAUUAGGUGCAAGCAAACACUGUCAAAUCUAGGACAUCACGGCGAGUUGGUCGUUGUUCUUGUGUCUUUUCUGACUCAUCCCACCUCCUACCACUGUAAGAGAGGCUUUCUUUUCGUAUCAUAAAAGGCUGAUGUACUUACAUAGCUGAAAUUUUAUUUCUCUUUAGCAUACGUUUAACUUUACGCCCGAGGUUAGAAUGCAGUGAAGUUCUACGAGUUGCGUUCAAGAGUGCCCCGCAGGCGUUGCACUUCGCUAGCCGGUUCGUGGCUCAACGCCGUACAAAUUUGCGUUCACAAGCAAUGGCUGCGUGACCCUGAAAAAGGUUUGUUUAGGCUGAAGAAAGUACGUACACGAACUGAAAUAAAAUUUUGAGGACCGUGCACUGAAAAUUCUUCCAAAUUUCCAUACGGCGUAUAAGCUUAUGGCCUUAUAAUUUGUUUACGAAAUUCCGGUGUUUCAGUCGCCAAAAUCCCAAUGCUAUAUUUACGAUGCACGCCGCUUACUGGGUCUCCAGAAUAAUUUUGAUCACCUCGUAUUUUUUGACGUGCACCUAAAUAAAAGUACGCGACCGGUUGUGCAUCCCGCCCCCAGUGGGUCGUGGUCGCCGCUGCCAGAUAAAAUUUAUUUCAAGUAACAUUUUAGACUGUCUAUAAUCAAGUCGUUUCGAAAUAUAUGGACCACAAUUAGAUCAAGGGAAGUAGACGUGUUAACGAUUGUCGUAUUUGGAAUCUUGUACAGUUUGUAAAGUGAAAAUGACAAUUACAUAGGAAAAGGAGAACAGUCUACUUGAAGUCUAUAGACGCUCUACAGACUGUACGGUCUUAUGUGUGUACAAGCGAUGCGAAAAGAAUGACAAGCUUCGCUGUGAAACACAAGAUGAAACCAGUAAAAGCUGCAACGGUCUUUUGAGUUCAACGCUUGUGUUGCUUUAUGGCUGAAUUGCUUUGUCAGUGUCUCUUCGCACAAUGUUUUAUAAUUUAUUGUUUGUUUUAUAAAAUUUCUUUGUGGACGCAACGUUUACGUGACACAAAAUUUUCACCUAUAUCUACACAUUGUCACUGCGAAUGAUCAGUUCUAAGACUUCUGAAGCUUUGCAAAUUACUUCUUUGUAGAAAAAAACAUGCAUUAAAAUAAGAAAUAAACAAAUUGCCUUAAUAAUUUAGACAUCAGUAAUGGUGCUUUCAUGACAUGCUGUACAUCAGAAGCAGUGAAUUUACUUUUUUAUGAUAUCACAUUUGAGAAGUUAAUGGUGGUUAGUGUAGGUGUAGAAAUUUGUUACGUUGUACAAAGUCACUUCGUGUUAUUGUUCAAUGACAGAUCUCUUUCUCAACAUUGUUACGUGUAACGGGUCUGUAUAACUCAUGGCAUAACAGAGCCUGCUUGAAAAUAAAAUCGAUGUUUCAGUUAU